UUGAGCGGCACCGGCCAGGAAGUGGUGGUGGGGAAAGUUUUCCGCCUUCUUUGUUGUCAUUGUGUCCCUCUUAUUAGUGUACCUAUCUGUUUACUUUCAUAAACCACCAUGAGGCGUACAAGAAGUUCAAGAAAUAAAAGUCAGAGUGCACAAGAAAAUGAAGAAGUCCAGACAAAAACAGUGUGGCAGUGGAAAGGAGAUGAAGGACAGUGGGAACCAUACGCGCCUUCAGCCUGUGCCUUGUUGGACUCAGCCGUCUCUUCAGGGAAAACCUCUGUCACUCUGUCUCUGGGCUCUGGGACGUCAUAUGAGGUCGAUUUGAAGAAGAUGGUCCAGAUUAAUCCUGUCACCAAGUACAAGAGGAAGAUUCGCUCUCAGACAGUAAAACCAGAAAGUUUGAGUGAUGCUGGUGAGUCGACUGCUAAUAAUGGGACACCAGUUCAAGUUAAAGAGGAAGAGGAGGAAGUAAAAGAGCAACCUGCAGCUAAGAGGAAGAGAGGGCAAAACAAGAGCCAGACAAAAAUUGAAGAAAUGCCCAAAGAAGAAACAAAAAAUGAAGCAGAGGUUGUGAAGACAGUGGUCAUGAAAGGAAAAGCUCCAGUUGACCUUGAAUGCAAAGCCAAACUUGGAAAGGCUCAUGUUUACAGUGAAGGUAGUGAUGUUUAUGACGUGAUGCUAAAUCAGACAAAUCUUCAGUUUAACAACAACAAAUACUACCUCAUCCAGCUGUUGCAAGACGACAGUUCCAAAGCUUACAGUGUGUGGAUGAGAUGGGGCAGAGUGGGAAAAGUGGGUCAGAGCAGUCUGACAGCUUGUGGUGGAGACCUGCUGAAAGCUAAAGAUAUCUUCAAGAAAAAGUUCUUGGACAAAACCAAGAAUGAGUGGGAAGACCGAGCAACUUUUGACAAAGUAGCUGGAAAAUAUGACAUGGUGUUCAUGGACUACAGCACAGAUGAAAAGGAGGAAAACCAGACCACAGUGGAUGCUGCACAUAAAAAGAAGAAUUCCCAGCUAGAUGUGAAGAUCCAGUCGCUCCUGGAGCUAAUCUGUGACGUCAAAGCUAUGGAGGAGUGUGUGCUGGAGAUGAAGUUUGACACCCGGAAAGCUCCUCUUGGCAAGCUGACCACAGAGCAGAUCAAUGCAGGCUACUCAGCACUGAAGAAAAUCGAGGAUUGUUUGAAAAAGAAAGGCAGCAGCCGUGAGCUGCUGGAAGCAUGCAACCAGUUCUACACCCGCAUCCCUCAUGACUUUGGGCUGAAAACUCCUCCAAUCAUCCGGACAGAAGAUGAGCUAAAGGAAAAAAUUGCUCUGUUGGAGGCUCUGAGUGACAUUCAGAUAGCAGUGAAAAUGGUUCAGUCCAGUGAAGACAGUGACGAGCAUCCUCUGGACAAACAGUAUUCCUCCCUCCAGUGCCAACUGCAGCCUCUGGACUCCAGCAGCAAUGACUACAAGGUGAUAGAAAAAUAUCUACAGUCCACUCACGCCCCCACCCAUUCUGACUACACCAUGACCAUCCUUGACAUCUUCUCAGUGGACAGAGACGGGGAGAGUGACAACUUCCUCUCACAGUUACACAACAGGACUCUGUUGUGGCAUGGUUCCCGUCUGUCUAACUGGGUCGGCAUCCUCAGUCAGGGGCUCCGAGUGGCGCCACCUGAAGCUCCUGUCACUGGUUACAUGUUUGGAAAAGGGAUCUACUUUGCUGACAUGUCUUCAAAGAGUGCAAACUACUGCUUUGCCAAUCAGCACAACCACGUUGGACUGCUGCUGCUGUGUGAGGUCGCUCUAGGAGACUGUAACGAGCUACUGGAUGCGGACUAUGAGGCCAACAAUCUGCCUGCUGGAAAACACAGCACCAAGGGCCUGGGACAGACCGGACCUGACCCCAAAAACUCUGUCAUACUGAAUGGUUCGACUGUACCGAUGGGGCCGGGCAUGAAGACAGGGGUGGGUAAACAUAACAGUUACUCCCUCCUGUAUAAUGAGUUCAUCGUUUACAACCCUGCCCAGGCUCGCAUGAGGUACCUGCUGCGGAUCAAGUUCAACUACUCUUCACUGUGGUGAGACUGUGCUAAACCGUGCGACUGUGUGAAAUCUGGAGAUUUCUGAGGGAUUUGCUCUCCACAAAGCAGGGACGAUAUAUCACUCAAUCACUCGUCGUGUACAGUUACAUACUGUUCAGUUCUUGGUUUUGGGGAUAGGAUGUUAAACUUGGCAACUACUUUGAUAAUCAGUUAAUCAUUUUUCAAGCAAAAGUGUCAAAGGUAUCGCUGCUUUUCUUUGUCAUAUAUGCUAUCUUUGGGUUUUGAGCUGCUGGUCGAAAAAAACAAGCAAUUUUAAUAUGUGAACUUGGGCAGUGGAAAAUUGUAGCUGGCGUUUGUCACUAUUUUCUGACAUUUUAUAGGCAAAGCGAACUGGCAGAUUGAUCAUUACUUGCAGCCCUACAAUGAUCUCCGCAGUGAGGUUUGACAGAUCCAAAGUUUAUACAACUUACUCAGUAUUGGGUAAGUGAAUUCAAGUAAAAAAAAUAACACCAACGAAACUGCUUCUACGUUAUGUAGUGAUACAGCAUUUCAUCUCUGCUUUUUUGGGGGCAAAAAUUGAUGUUGGACCCUUUAGUAAAAUAUCCCCGAAUACUGCUUUCUUAUCAGAGUGAGGCUACAGGUUUGGUGAAGGUAAAACAUGAGGAUGGAUCCAUGUGAUACAGUAAGAAGAAAAUAUGUUGAACAUUUUGCACUAUUUUUUGUCCUUGUUGCUUUAUAUCGUGUAUGCUGUAUUUUGUUGCAUGCUCCAUGUGGCACUCAUUCAUUGCAUUUCGAUUUCUGUUUCGGUGCUUUAUGAAACACAAAUGACCUUAUGGAUCUUUUGGAUUAUCAGUCUCUGACUUUCAUGGGAUAAUGUAAUGAUUUGGAAGUUUUUUAGACAGGUUUGACACAAGUGUUUAUACUGAAUACUUACCCAAAUGUUAUUGAAUGUUUCUUAUUGAUGUCAAAAAUCUGGAAAUAGAAUGAUACAACAAAUACAGUACAACAAUUUUUCAUAGCGAUUUUUAUUUGUGUAUAACUAAAGAACAGAUUCUGUCAAAAUGCUGAUAUUCAUUCAUUCAUUGCCACUUUAAACCAGGAUUUCAGUAUAUACAUAAUAAAAAGUAAUAAUAAAGGACAUUUUCAUUAUGGGAACAGCU